CAAAUGCUACAUUUGAAAAGGUAUAUUCUCUUCUCGUUGGACGCUAUAUCUCAUCCGCAACCAACAUCUGUUCGUCGGAAAAAUAUUCAUCCAAACCGACUCUGUUCCGAAGCUUGAAGCCAGCGCCCUGAAGCCAAAGCCUUAGAACCUGAAAAGCUUUUUAACCUCCGCAACUGAUUUCUUCGGCAAAUUGCGACUACUCCAAGCAAGGGGCUCAUCGAUCACCACGAACCCUAUCGCAGAUUUGCACAGUCCGAAACCCCAACUGAACCAUUUCCUCGAUCGGUAUGACAAUCUCUGCACCCCCGAUUUACCACCCACCUUUCCCCUGGGGGGUUGUCUUCAAUGUUGCUUCCAAUGCUGGGUGAAUUCAUCGGUGCCUCGCAUGCUUUGCGAUUCGAUGCUCCGUAGCUUCCGCUUUUCAUUACGUCUGCGCUUCUACAGACCCACGAUCGGGCUCGCAUUGUUGGUUUCAUCGCUUUCUCUGGGUUGGGUGGAUGGUUUUCUCCAAGAAUAUGUUCUUUAGAGCUUUGUGGUGCUCGUGGAGCUAAGUCUUGAUAGCUUGAUUUUUCGCUGAUUUUGUGAUCGGGAAGGUUGUCACCACAUUUGUAGGCGAUUCCAGGUGGAGUGUAAGAAUUUUAACAUUUCGGCACGGAUGAGUGAAGGCGUAAGUGAAUAUGGCAAUCAGGGUGGUGAAUCCGAAUGCGGAGAUGCUGAGUAAAUCAGCUGCUCUUCACAUGAACAUAAAUGCAGCGAAGGGACUGCAGGAUGUACUCAAAACGAAUCUUGGCCCCAAGGGCACGAUCAAAAUGCUCGUAGGCGGGUCAGGAGACAUCAAGCUUACCAAAGAUGGAAACACAUUGCUCAAGGAAAUGCAAAUCCAAAACCCAACAGCCAUAAUGAUCGCCCGCACAGCUGUUGCGCAAGAUGACAUCAGUGGAGAUGGAACGACGUCCACGGUGCUCGUCAUUGGGGAGCUCAUGAAGCAAGCAGAGCGGUUUAUUUCUGAAGGGAUGCACCCCCGAGUGCUGGUAGACGGUUUUGAAAUUGCCACGAAAGCUACUCUCGAGUUUCUAGAGACUUUCAAGACUCCACUUGCAGUUGGAGAACAGCUUGACAAGGAACUUCUCAAAGUGGUCGCCCGGACGACGCUCAGGACGAAAGUUCACGAGGAACUCGCAGAUAAGCUCACUGAGAUUGUCGUCAAGGCCGUUCUGUGUGUGCAGAAACCAGAGGAGGCGAUUGAUUUAUUCAUGGUGGAGAUCAUGCAUAUGAGACACAAGUUCGACUCUGACACUCGUCUAGUGGAGGGCCUUGUGCUGGACCACGGUGCUCGUCACCCGGACAUGAAGAAGCGAGUGGAGAAUUGCUACAUUCUCACCUGCAAUGUGUCUUUGGAGUAUGAGAAGAGUGAAAUAAAUGCCGGGUUUCUUUACCACAACGCCGAGCAGCGAGAGAAGAUGGUGGCAGCAGAGCGUCGCUCUGUGGACGAGAAGGCGAUGAAGAUCAUCAAGCUGAAGAAGGAAGUCUGUGAUGGCACAGACAAGAACUUCGUUGUCAUCAACCAGAAGGGAAUAGAUCCAGUAUCACUGGAUUUGUUUGCGCGAGAGGGGAUCGUGGCCCUGAGGAGGGCGAAGCGCAGGAACAUGGAGCGGCUUAUACUGACCUGUGGCGGAGAGGCUGUCGAGUCUGUUGAGGAUAUGUCUCCAAAUGUUCUCGGUGAGGCUGGCGUUGUCUAUGAGCAUGUUCUAGGCGAGGAGAAGUAUACUUUCGUAGAGAACGUGAAGAACCCCCAUUCCUGCACCAUCCUUAUUACUGGACCAAAUGAUUAUACGAUUGCACAAAUCAAGGAUGCAAUCCGAGAUGGUCUGAGGUCUGUCAAGAAUACUAUUGAGGAUGAAGCUGUGAUUCUUGGUGCGGGAGCUUUUGAAGUUGCCGCCCGGCAGCAUUUGUUGAACAAUGUUCGGAGGAAGGUGCAAGGAAGAGCGCAGUUGGGAGUUCAAGUUUUUGCCGAUGCCCUUUUAGUUAUUCCCAAGACACUAGCUGACAACUCCGGGCUCGACACGCAGGAUGUUUUGAUUAAUCUUGAGUCAGAGCACGACGCUGGCAACGUUGUCGGUUUGGACCACACUACAGGGUAUCCAAUUGACCCGAAUGUACAAGGAAUUUUCGAUAAUUACUCCGUUAAGCGACAAAUCAUCUCUUCAGCACCUGUGAUUGCUGCCCAGCUUCUUCUUGUCGACGAAGUUAUUCGGGCCGGCCGUAACAUGCGGAAGCAAUAGACUUUCACUGUCUAGCUUAUAAUGUGGUGGCUAGUCGUCUUCAAUUAGCAUUUCAUGUCCUUCCCACACGCAGCGUUUGAUCGGGGCGAGAUAUAUUGGCUCGUGAAUUAUCAAGCGAAUAUUGGUGAGAGGCGUAAUUCGUGUCCUGAACAGGAAUUGGAUUUGGAAACAGACUUAGUUAAGGUUGAAUUGUGAGCAGACACAAACAUGCGUAGCUGUUAAGACACAAUCAUGUCCAGAAGUGAAAAUUUGCAACUUUAUAUCUCUGAUCUGUGGGUCGUGCCACUUAAAUUCUUGUACAUUAUACAGUUAGUCGGUUUUCAGACUAUCUAGAAUGAUGAUGCUGUCACUACUGGUUUUCUUAGCAAAAGCAAGAUACUUGGAUAGGGAGCGUACCCGGAAUCAUUAGUUUACUUUACUUCAAUCUGGAAUAUAGUACAGGGUGCGUUACAUAGCUUGAAAUUUACUUUGAAGUAUUGCCCUCAAUGGGAGGGCAUAAGCUGUAAUAUCCAAAAAUCAGUUCUCUCCUCUAUAUGAUGCUAUUUGCGCCCCAA